AUGUUUCCAGUUCGCUUCCAAAAGGAAUCUUUUCGAAUUUUCUUGGUACUUUCAGAGCGUCUAAAUGAAACGGGUAUUGUAAAACGGGAGCGUUAUCAUGAAGAAGAGUUGGUUCAUCGUGGAGUGGAUCGAUUAGAAGCUGAACGACGACUUUUAAAUUGUCGUUUAGGAUCGUUUUUAGUUCGAGUGCGUGACAAUGGUAACCUUGCUCUGUCAAUUCGAGCUAACAAAGGCAUUUUACACAUCAAACUCGAGUUGCGCGACGACAGAUGGGUGUUGGGAGAGGGGCCUUCGUUCGGGUCGGUGUCAACAGUAGUCAGUUUUUAUCGUAGCCACGAGUUGCCAAUUCGUGGUGCCGAACGUAUGCUGCUCAGUUCGCCGUUGCUUGUGUCAUCCUCAUCCUCAUCACAGUCCUCGUUGUCAUCGGUCAAUUCACGUUCAUUUGUGUAA